CCGAGCUGAGCAAACGCAGCCAGCCAUGACUGAAUACUGAUCAAACUUCAAAGUCCAGUGCCCUGAAACGCCGUUGAACGGUACGAGUUACUCUUUGCAGUUUUUUGUCCCCUCUAACCGCCAUUUUUGAAGUUGAUGAAGGAGCGAGACGCCCUCAUCUGUUGCCCGAGUAUUCUCAGGAUAUACCCAAAGAUUCUCUUUUUCCUCUGCCUCUUUCGUUGGGUUCUCAAUUUGAGCAGCAGCUUCCCUGUUAAUUUCUUCUAUUCACCCAGACAUCUCAGAGGGGAAUAGCAAAGGACUGCCAGGCUCCGGUACUCGUUCUGCAUAUUAAUUGAAAGAAGCUUCUGUUUUCCCCCCUUUAGAGAAUAGACUCUCUUUGCUCCAAUUCGCAAACAAUCCCUUGGGAUUCUGCGAUCCCGCUCUGUCUUUCGGCGCCUUUUUGCUGUCCGAGUGAUUGGUCAAACAAUGGCUACGAAUAUGGUCUCACGGGCUUCUUUCAUUCAAUCCAAACCUUCACUCUCCUUCAAAACCGGGCACGGACAUCGUCUCCCUCAGCCCUCUCUGCCAGCAAAUGUGGCUUUUGUGGCCACCAAGGGAAAUGGGUUGGCCGUCAGAUGUUCGGUGGCGGUCCCUGAAGCCGCUUCAAGGUCUGGGGAAUCCAGUAGGAAGGGGACCAAAAACCCUGUCAUUGUUAUUGACAAUUAUGACAGUUUCACUUAUAAUCUUUGCCAGUAUAUGGGAGAGCUGGGAUGCGAAUUCGAGGUUUACCGGAAUGAUGAGUUAACUGUGGAAGAGUUGAAAAGGAAGAAUCCUAGAGGUGUGCUGAUAUCCCCAGGACCAGGAGCCCCCAAGGAUUCUGGAAUAUCUUUGCAGACAGUUUUGGAGCUUGGACCAAUCGUACCCUUGUUUGGUGUGUGUAUGGGGUUACAGUGCAUUGGCGAAGCAUUUGGCGGGAACAUUGUGCGUUCUCCGUUCGGGGUUGUGCACGGGAAAAGUUCGCUGGUGUACUAUGAAGAGAAAGGCAAAGGCUUGUUUACUGGGUUGCCAAACCCUUUCAAAGCUGGUAGAUAUCACAGCCUAGUUAUCGACAGGGAUACGUUCCCGGUAGAUGAACUGGAGAUCACUGCAUGGACUGAGGAUGGGCUGAUCAUGGCUGCCCGUCACAAGAAGUACAAGUAUCUGCAGGGUGUGCAGUUUCAUCCGGAGAGCAUCAUAACCUCAGAAGGCAAGAUCAUCGUUCAGAAUUUUCUCAAGAUGAUAGAGGAGAAGGAAGCCGCUGAGUCAAUGAACAAGGGACACGUUGCUACUGGCCAUAUUGCGAAGUGAAGAAAAGAAUGAAUGCUCUAGUAUUUUAGAAGUUUCUGCUGUUCUAGUUUUUAGUGGACACCUAUUUUGGGUUAUCUUCAAAGUUGUUGUUCUUUUGUUUAAUUUAGAUGAGCAAGACCUGUGUGUUAGAGUGGGUCUGGUUGGUGUUCAAAGCUAAGCUUUGCUCUAGCAAACCAACCAGCCUAAGAAUGAAAAAAGGAAAAGUUACAACAGUUUGAAGCUGCAUACAUCAUAAUUGAGCAGCAGCUGGGGCGUCAAAGCAAUGAAGGGAAGGAGUGGAAAUAAACGGGAAAGUAGUAAUGAUGAACUGGAUUUUGAAACGAACUGGGUUCCAUUUCAGAAUGAACUUGCUGUCAGUGGCAGCUGGUCUGGUGAUGAUAACAUACAAAGAGACUUCCAGCCCCAUGAGUUGCUGCAGUUUUCCUGCCCCAUUCCCUCAACUGAAGCUCGAAAAGCUAUGAUGGCAGAUUGCAGAGAGGUCCAAAAAUGGGUCGAAAGAAAGAAAGUUUCACAUCAUCCCUUUUCCCCCAACCACAUGAAUUUCCUCACGGAAUUAAAUGAAAUGAGAGAGCACCCCUUGGCUUGGUAAUCAAGUUGUGGCAGUUGCAAUGAUGCUGAGUUGUCGUUUGUUUAGCAUGCAGCCAUUCUAUUCUUCUCCAGCUGUGACACACAACACCAGCCAUUUUGUACUGCUCACUUAUUCACCCCGUGGUGAGCAAACAGGGCUCAUGUCAAUGUCAUAUAGUAGGAUGAACUAUUUGUGUUAUGUUUAGUGA